AUGGUGAUGAAAGCCCAGACAGCCCUUGCCCUGGCAGGUUUGGCACUUGUGGGAAUUGCGUUUACCAGUUUUAACAACAAUGCCCAGAUUGGUCACGAUGCUGAUGUAGUCAACUCGAACGGUCUCGAAGAAAACCGUGGAUUGCUCUUGUGGGGAAGCGGCGAACCCAAGUACAAUGGAAAACGAGGGCAAGAGUACUGCUACAAUGUCAACAUUGGAUCUGGAACCAUGUGCUGUGACGGAAGCUACGACGUUGUCGAGGGUGGAUUUAAAAAGGGUGCCGUGUGCUUCCUAGAAAAGAGCUAUACUUGCACGGACCUGCACAAUGCUGUUUUUGUUCCAGAUGGAGAGAUUACCAUGGAUACCAAGAUGCUGGGAAGGAGAGUCUUUCCAACGAUUGCCACGGGAAGUGGGUUCUCCAUCAAUGGGGACCCCUCCAAGGGCUUUGUCGCGGCUCCGUUUGACUACGCCAUUCGUUCGGGAAAGCAAAAUGGACUCACUACAAAGUUGACCAGUGCGGAUAGUCCCAGGCUCAACAACAAAAAGUUCCUUGUUUCGGGGUGGGAUGAGACUCAAGAGCUCAGUGACCACGAGAUUGAAUGGGCCGGCCCCAGCACGAUUGGUUUGGGAGGGGAGUCCUUUGACACUCCUGCUGUCAUCAUGAAAGGUGGAAGUGGUGCCAUGAUCUACCUCGAUGACCAAGAUGGAAUCUUGCACGGAUCUGGAUACCGUACACCCAUCAACCCCGAAGAUGGCUCCAAUAGUCCAACUAGAGAGGUGGAGUUCUGUUAUGAGUCCUCGUCGGCAGCCUCUGGUUCUGUCUUCCGUGACGGAGACGACAAGCAGAAUGGCAAGAAGGACGACGACAAGAAAGAGGACUCCAAGACGGAGGACAAGAAAGAGGACUCCAAGACGGAGGACAAGAAAGAGGACUCCAAGACAGAGGACAAGAAAGAGGACUCCAAGACAGAGGACAAGAAAGAGGACUCCAAGACGGAUGAUAAAAAGGACGAGGACAAGGGCGGAAAGAAAGAACAAACGAAAGUCAAGAUCUGUCACGGCACUGCCAGCCCAACGAAUCCAUAUGUACUCAUCGAGGUGGCUGAUGAUGCGGCGUCCGACAACCCUGGGUCUUUGGGCGGCCACAUCAACAACCCAAAGCACAAUGAUCCAGAAAAAAACAAGAAUGCUGAUAUCCUGAUUGGAGAUGAGCCACCCAAGUUCCCAGGAUGCAAGACGAACGACCAAUGCCAAGUCUGCUGUCCAGAUCAAGACUGCUUCGGUGGAAAAGAAGAAGGACGAAGAGAAGAAGGACGACGAGAAGAAGGAACGACGAGAAGAAGGACGACGAGAAGAAGGACGACGAGAAGAAGGACGACGAGAAGAAGGACGACGAGAAGAAGGACGACGAGAAGAAGGACGGAAGAGAAGAAGGACGAAGAGAAGAAGGACGAAGAGAAGAAGGACGAAGAGAAGAAGGACGAAGAGAAGAAGGACGAAGAGAAGAAGGACGAAGAGAAGAAGGACGACGAGAAGAAGGACGAAGAGAAGGAAGAAGAGAAGGAAGAAGAGAAGAAGGACGAGCCAACCAAGCCACCACCCCCAGACACGCCACCAUCACCAGGAAUCAAGGGUGAUCCACACAUCAAAAAGUGGAACGGUGACCAGUAUGACUUCCACGGGGGCUGUGAUCUAGUCAUGGUUUCCAACCCGGACUUUAACAAUGGCCAAGGACUCUCCGUCCACAUUAGGACAAAGAUUGAGCACUGGUGGUCUUAUAUUGAGAGCGCCGUUAUCAAAAUCGGCGACGACACUCUCGAGAUCAAGGCUGGAGUAGACGACCGCCAGUUCUGGGUGAAUGGCAAGCAAGGACACCGCUUCCGGGCCAGCCGAAACUUGCCUUUCACUAUUGGGGGCUUCCAUGGACGCUUCCGCGCCAUCAACAGGAUUCUGACCCAAUUCAAACUCUAUCUUCCCAACGAUCAGAACAUUGUCAUCAAGUCCACCAAGAACAUCCUCCGCGUAGACAUGGAGAACUGCAACGAAGAGGACUUUGGAACUAGUUUGGGCCUCAUGGGAACCUUUGGAGAAGGUUUGAUGUUGGGUCGUGACGGACGUACUGUCUUCGAAGACCCAAACGAGUUUGGAAUGGAAUGGCAAGUACAUUCCUCCGAGCCACAACUCUUCCAUGAAGCAGAGGGGCCUCAGUACCCCCAAAAGUGUCAAAUGCCAACUUCCAAGACUUUCCUCCGUCAUCAGGAACAGGAUCGCGAAGCAAGACGUCUACUGGUGGAAGGCAUCAGCCGAGAAGACGCAGAGUCCGCUUGCGCCAUUGCCAACAAGGAUGAAUUCAAUGAUUGCGUCUUUGACGUGAUGGCAACCAACGACAUCGAUAUAGCCGCUGCCGUCUAUGGUUCCGCUCAGCUUUAUGGCAACGCAUGA